GGCUCCACAGGCAUUGCUGCCGAAACACAUCGCCAAAAAACGAACCCAAGUCAGAGAAGCAAAGCGCCUAGCUAAAAAAAGGACGAUCAACCAGCCCCGCCCCGGCCUCUGCAUCCAUCAUCGUUGACGCACACUCCGGCCGUAUUAUUAUUAUUAUUAUUAUUAUCGACCGAUUGUUUAGCGAUGCCAAUUGCAGCCAAGAACACCCAACAGGCCGGCGUAUUAGUGAAUGCAGACAGAUAAUAUUAGUGGAUAAAGACAGAAUAUAUUGAUCCAAACUCCAAAGCCAUCCAUCCGGAGCAGGUGACCCGAGACUUCUUCUCCGAGGGAGAGUUGGUUGACGCAGACCUCCGGGUAGGUUCAGCUGUAGGCCAGGAGUUCGUCGUCAUCGGAGGAGGAGUGCUCUUUCUCAGGGAGGGUACUGUGAUGCCGCCGGCGAACGGUGGCGCCGCCGCCGGACCGAGCUCCGGCAGCGGCAGGGACGGCCCGCCGGCGGCCACCGCAGCGGUGAAACGCAACAGGCCUCGGUAUCAUGCAUUUACUCAGCAACAACUCCCAGCGUGCAAGCCUAUACUGUCACCCAAUAUGGUCAUUCCCAUUCUUGUAUUCGUGGGCUUGCUUUUCAUUCCGAUUGGCCUUGCUUGCUACGCGGCUUCAAACAAGGUCUUCGAAGUGGUUUACCGAUACGACACGAAAUGCGUUCCGAAGAACAUGCUUCACAACAAAGUGGGCUACAUCCAGAACGCGUCGAUAAACAAGACAUGCACAAUAAAUCUCAAGAUCCCCAAUGCUAUGAAGAGGCCAAUCUUCGUAUACUACCAGCUCGACCGGUUCUACCAGAACCACAGAAGGUACGCGACGAGCUUCAACAUCGCGCAGCUGAGCGACCCCAAGGAGGAGGCGAACGCCGACAUAAAGGACUGCAAGCCUGAAGCCUACGCCGGCAAAGGCAUCCCCGUGGUGCCAUGCGGCCUCGUGGCCUGGAGCCUGUUCAACGACACCUACAGCUUGGCCCGCCGUCCCCGUCGCGCUGGCGGCAUCGGCGGCGUCGAGGCGCUGAGGGUGAUCAAGAGCGGGAUCUCGUGGCGGAGCGAGCGGGAGCGGCUGUUCGGCAAGCACGUGUACCCCAAGAACUUCCAGAACGGCAGCCUCGUCGGCGGCGGGCGGCUCGACCCGAGAAAGCCCCUGAGCGAGCAGGAGGAGCUGAUGGUGUGGAUGCGGACGGCGGCGAUGCCGCGGUUCAGGAAGCUGUACGGGAGGGUGGAGGCGGACCUGGACGCCGGCGAGACGGUGGCGGUGGAGGUGCGGAACAGCUACAACACGUACAGCUUCGACGGGGGCAAGGCGGUGGUGCUGUCCACCGCCGGGCCGCUAGGCGGGCGCAAAGCCUUCCUCGGCCGCGCCUACCUCGUCACCGGCAUGGCCUGCCUCGUCCUCGCGCUGCUGCUCACGCUCGUCUGCCUCUUCUUCCCCAUGACAGAGGAGCAUCUCCGGCUGCGGUAGCCAUUGAAUCCUCCAUCCAUGGAUCAUGUCGACGAGCAUAGACUCGGCCUCUCUGGUUUGUUAUAGACUGGCCUCCAUUGUUGUUAGAUGUAGCAGACAACUGUAUGUGUAUGUAUGUAUAUGUAUAUGUACAGUACAGCACAAGAGCCUGAAGGUAGAUUCAGAAUGUACAGAACAGGAAUGUGUGGGAGAUGUACAGUAUGUAGCACUGGUAUUUACUUUUCCAAGGCUGCAACUAUAAAACCGACAAAUGUUCCAAAGUUGGAGCUGCAGCACUGCAAAGAAAA